AUGACUACAGCACUGCAGGUAGCAUGUGGAAGUCGCCUCCGCUUCCUCAAUCUAGGGACGGAAGGUAUCCCGCUGGCUGCGCGCAAUGCCGUGUCAGUUUACGAGAGUUGCGAAGAAUUUCGGACAUGGGCAGCUGAUGCUGUGAGCGAAUUUUGUGCUGUCGUCAGCCUUCCUCGUCACCACCGAAGAAGGUCUCACUCACCUUCAUAG